CUUGCAAAUGGCAGGUCAGAAGUGAUUUACCGUUAACACAGGUGAUGAUUUAGGUGAAAAUUCACCCUUCGCAACUGUUUUGACGGAUGUAUAAUAUUAUUUCAACGCAGAGGAGGGGAAACAAGACAUGCAGGUAUGAAGCGAGUGCGGACCGAGCAGAUUCAGCACGUCGUGACGCAGUACCUGAAGAGGCGGCAGUAUGUGGACUCGGAGGGGAACCUGAAGAUAGCCAAGCUCUCGCAGACUGCCGAGGAAAUGGCAGCUAACCUCACGGUUCAGACAGAGUCCAGCUGCGCCAACAUCGUGUCGGCCGCUCCUGUUCAGGCUGACCCCCAUCAGUACGAGACCCAGUUCUCCAGGCUGCGUACCUUUCUGCUGGAGGGUUCGUCGGAGGUGCCGUGGGGUGCGGAGGUGAGCCGCGUGCUGUACCCUCUCUUCCUCUACCUCCACCUGGACAUGGCCCGGUGUGGCCUGCGCUCGGCCGCCGACGCCUUCUACUCGCGCUUCCACUCGCUCUUCACCCAGGAGGCCGACCAGAGGGCCACCGUGGAGACGCUGAAAGGAGUGCUCACCGCACAGGAUGUGGCCUCUCACCCCAAGCUGUGUGCCCUGCUGGAGCACAAGUACGUGGUGCACCUGUCGGACGCGGCUCACAGCUACCUGCUCAGGUACCUGCAGAGUGACGACCACGGGGCGCUGUGUAGAGUGCUCAGCACUCACCUGCAGCUAGAGGUCACCCCAACGCCACGCACACACUACCAGCUCUACGCCAGCAGCGCCAACAACACCAACAACACUACUACAGGUAAGUCUGGCUUGAAGUGUGUGUCUGGCGGCGGUGUGAACGACCUCCCAGAUGAGUUGGGGCGGCCGCUGGGUCUGCCCCAGAGCGAGGCGGCCCUGGAGGCCCUGCAGGACUCCAUCAGGAGGGUACGAGAGGGGCCCCCCUCGCUCACCACCGUCUGCUUCUACGCCUUCCAACACACCGACCAGCAGCUCAACGCCGCAGAGGUGUCACCUGACAGUCGUCUCCUGGCUGCUGCCUUCGACACCUCUGCCCUGAAGCUGUGGAGCCUGAGGGCACGCAAGCUGAAGGCCGGUCCCCACAGGGUGGACGUGUCGCGGAUACACCUGGCCUGUGACCUCCUGGAGGAGGAGGAUGAUGAAGACUCGUCGGGCAGUGAGAUGGUCACCUUGCGUGGCCACUGUGGUCCGGUGUACCGCGCUGCCUUCCUGGCGGAGGGCCAGGGGACCCGUGGCGGUGGCGGUGGCAGCGGCACGUCGCGUGCCCAUGGCGGAGGGGGCCAAGCCCUGCUGUCCUGCUCGGAGGACGCCACCGUGCGGCUCUGGGACCUAUCCAGCUUCGCCUGCGCCGCCGUCUACCGGGGACACGCCUACCCCGUAUGGGACGUGUCCGUCAGCCCCUGUGGCCUGUACUUCGCCAGCGCAUCGCAGGACCGCACGGCUCGUCUGUGGACUCCGUCGCGUGCCUACCCGCUCCGUCUCUAUGCGGGCCACCUGACGGACGUGGACUGCGUUCGCUUCCACCCCAACUCCGGAUACCUGGCCACGGGCUCCUCCGACAAGACGGUGCGCCUCUGGAGCGCCCAGCAGGGGGCGACGGUUCGCCUCUUCACCGGCCACAGAGGCCCCGUGCUUUCCCUCGCCUUCUCACCCGACGGACGAUACCUCGCCUCAGGUGGUGAGGACCAGCGGUUGAAGCUGUGGGACCUGGCAUCGGGCGGGCUCGUGAAGGACCUGCGUGGCCACACGGACGCCAUCACGGGCCUCUCCUUCAGCCCCGACUCCAGCCUCGUCGCCUCUUCCUCGCUGGACAACUCUGUUAGGGUCUGGGACAUACGCAACAGCCACAGCGGAGGAGGAGGAGGAGGUGCGGCUUCAGGAGGAGGGGGUGCCGGAGGCGCUGGAGGAGGUGGGAAUAGUGCGGCGUCGGCCUCGGCUGCGGCGGCUGACGGUUCGAGUAGCGAGCUGGUGGGAUUGUACACGGGAAACACCAGCAGCAUCCUCAACGUCCAAUUCAUGGCCUGUAACCUGCUGAUGGUGACGGGCACCGCACAGGAGAAACAGGAACUCUAGCCAAGGCACACACACACACACACACACAUACACCGCACAGAAGAAACAGGAACUCUAGCCAAGACACACACACACACACACACACACACACACACACACACACACACACACACACACACACACACACACACACACACACACACACACACCUUUUCCCAAGGUCAAGUGUUCUAGCCUUGGUAGAGCGUGCAACAGCCAGUGAUUGGAUGAACUCCGAGGCUAGGCUGGACUAUGCGCUUCACGCACUACAAAGGCUAGAAGACUUGACAUUGGGAAAUGGUCAUUAUUUCACUCUGUAAUCUACUGUGCAUUAGGGUGGCAUCAAACACCCCUCGAAAAUUUAAACUUUUGCAAAAUCCCGCUCUGCUCCUCCAGUAUUGUUCCUUUGCACUGCUACAACUUAGGCCUACAUUUUACAAUGAGGUUGUGAUGACGCUGUCGUGCCGAAAAGCGAGUCCCUGCCAGAACACGAGUGCCUUCAUUGAAACCAAUGGAAACCAAUGACCAAUUUUUUACCCAUUUUUGCAGACAAAUCCGACACAAUUUAAGAUGGAAAGCCUAUCAAUAAAGCAUCUACAUUCCUUCUGGAAGUAUUACAAAGAGCUGGUUACAAUUUCAGUAUUAUUUCCAUAAAAGAAUCGAAGAAUUGUCAUAACAAAUGUUACGGUUUCAUUCAAAUAGCUCAUAUUAAGUGGAGGACGAGUACUGUUUCAUAAGCAAGCAUAUUUUUUGUUCAUAUAUUAUGUAAUUCAUUCUGCAAAAAAAUUGUAUAAUUUUCUCUCAAAAAAUGCCAUUGGUUUCAAUGAGGGCACUCGUGUUCUGGCAGGGACUCGCUUUUCGGCACGACAACGCAAAGGAACAAUACUGCAAAAGCAGAACAGACUUUUCAAAAGAUGGGGCGUUUGAUGCACCCUACUGUGCAUGGCAAAGGAGAAACGGCGCUCUAGUUGAGGAAGUGUGGAUCAUAGCUCACUUGUUCUGAAAUCGCAUUCUCCUCCAUCUCCAACUGUGGCUGUGAGCUCUUCAUUUUUCAUCAUUGUGGCUGGUUGUUUGUAAAAAAGAAGGAACAACAACAACUUUAGCCAUCACUUGGGAAACUUCACUGUGGCCAAAUGUUUCAGAAACUUUUCAUUCUUUUUCUCUCCCCAAGACUUGAACUUGAGGAGACAAGUCUGGAGACUUCAACUUCAAAGACGAUUGGUUUUGUUCAUUCAUUAUGUAGGGCUAAACUCAAUGUCACAUGGUUGCAAAAUGACCCAUGGGAACUCUGUCACCAUGGCUACAGCUGAAAUGUCUCAUCCGUUCGACCUCUCCCUCCUCCCAAUCAGCCGCCAUGCAGCAGAUGUCUCCAAGGUUUCACUUAUCAACGUUGAACAAAUCAGGAACGUUCGCUUAUUGUCUCCACAGUUCACAGAAUAUGUGACUUGCCACAAGAAGGCCAAGGGGCAUAUGGAGGUCAUCAUCAUAGAUCAUGAUUGUGCAGAUUCCAAGCUUGUCAUUGACACCUUGCACAUGGGAAUCUGGUUAUAUCUGUUGAAUUUGUGGCCUUUUCAAUGUGUUAAUUGCUUAAAGUAGAAAACGGAGAAUUCAGCUGCGAGAGAUUCUCGUACCCAUAGAAAAGACAUAAAGUUAACAUUUUCAAAGACAAAAUGUAUGCUUUCAUACAAACCAAUACUAUUUUCUGAAGCAUUGGGUAGCUUCUUCUGGACUUCAACUUGCACAUUCUGCAAAAAAAUGAAAAUCACAUGUAUGUCACAUGAGCAGACAUCAGGUGGUACAACCACAGCGAGAUCAUCCACUAAAAAAAAACAAAGAGAACUAUUUAAUUCAUACAAUAGUGGUAUGGGGCACCUAAGUCACGCCCUCUACUUCCUGGCUCAUGGGACAGUAAGUUGCAAAAAAAUUGAAUGGAAGUGAACGAGGCGAGUUGUGGUGGAUUUGUGGUGUAUAGGUGGAGGUCCAAGGUUUGGAUUGGUGUUGAAAAACCACUAAUUUCAAGCCCAGUAAUUAUUUGUUGACUCCCUCUGCCCCAUGAACCAGGAAGUAGAGGGCGUGACUUAGGUGCUCCAGUAGCCGUGGUUGCACCACCCAUGGCUACUACUAAAGCGUCAUUGACCCAGUCACUGUUCAUCAUGCAAAAUAUUCUUUCCGAAUCCUGAUAUUCUGUUUCAUGCAAAGCAAACACUAGAAAAGCAGUGACCUGAGACUUUCACUGUGGCUGAAUGUUGUGUGAAAAUGUUUCGUUCAAUCACGAAUGUAGGGCUAAACAAACGGUUCUCUCAGAUCGAGUCUCUCAAAUACAGAAAUGCGAACUUAAAUGACCAGCAACUUUAACUGUGGUUGUUUAGUGGUUGAAUAUUCACUAUGUUUCAGGAGGGCUAAACAAACUGAAGUCACAAGAGGUUAUGAAAGGGAAAUGAUAAGGCACUGCUGAAUAUUAGGAAAAUAGCCAAAUAUGACCCCUCCCUCCUUUGGUAACACUUUACUUGACAACGGUGUCAUACGUAUGACAUAACAGUGUCAUAACAUUGUCAUAAUUGCAGUCACGUAUGUAUCAUAAACAAUAUUAAAACAUUUUAUGGCUUUGUCAUUAAGUGAAAUUCCGUUAUGGUAAAGACGGGCCUAACUAUGUCAACUUUUCAUUGGCCAUGACAUGUUUAUGACAUUAACAUUAUGUUUAUGACACUGCUUUGACACUGUUAUGUCAUAGGUAUGACACCGUCGUGAAGUAAAGUGUAACCCCUCCUUUCAUUAUGAAUCAGAUGAGGACUGACAAGUCAGUGUAUUCUCUCCCUUUGGAGAACAACUGUGUCAUUGGAUGUGUAUACACAUUGAUGCGCAUCGUGAUAUGUAUCAUGUUAUGGUUAUACACACUGUCUACCAGCAGUCAGAGAAAGGCAGGACGGGAUCAAGAAGUCAUUGUUGUCUUAACUCUUUACUCUUUACUUACCCCCUCAAUGUCGGUAUUGUGCCAGUGCUCAAUGAUGAAUGGUAUUGGAUAUGCCUUAACUCAAUCGAUGCUCUGUAAAGCCAUUAAAGCACGCUCAAUUAAAGAAAUAUUGUACCAUUUCUGGAAAUAAGCAAAUUUUACACCUCCCCUUAUCAAGUUAACUAACUCAGAUGUUCCCUUUCUUCUGUACUUCCAGCUGUUCUCUGAGUCUGACAAUGCUAAUUUUACCUCCAGGCUAGCAUACAUUAUGGAAUCUUGUGGGUUCAGCUAGUUGCUAGGUGGACCCAUAAGAUAUAGCAGUGAUAAUCACUAGCUUGUAACUAGAAGUAGGAUCACCAGACUAAGAGAACGGCUGAAAGAACAGAAGCAAGGAAAAACUGAAUCAUUUAACUGAGGAAAAGGGGUGAAAUGAGCUCAUUUCCAGAAAUGGUACAGUGUUGCUUUAAGCUAAUUGAAUGGAGAAAAUCUAAGCUGAACACAUAGCGUAUUGCUAGCAUGUGUUUACUAGUAUGACAUAUCUGGAUAAGGAAUCAUGAGAAGGGCUUUACAUGUUAACAACAAAUGUUGGGUUGCACUAGAAUGUGAACUUUGAACUUGUAUCGCACAAUUCUUUAUGCAAAGCCCCUUUUUCCACACAAAAUCACAUUAGCAACUACAUGGUGUGAAAGGUGAACAAGUCAAACGUGAACAAGUGAAAUGAAACUGAUCAAAGAUGUGUGAUGGCCUUUGGUCCUUAAAAGCUAAUACACACCUGAAGUCUAUACACGUCUCUGAAGCUGUAUGUCCAUACAUUCUCUGACUGAAACUGGAAUUGAAUACAUUUUGCCUGUAUUUCUUUCUGUGUCUGUGGGGAAUAUGGUUGAGGUUUGUUUGAGUAUCAAGGGCUGACAAGUGGAUCAAGCAGAUCUGUGCUAUUCAAAUAACAAAUCUCAACCUACCAGAUCCACACAAGCAUGCAUACAUAGAUGGGUCAAUGACGUUUUUUGGGCUCAGAAAUCAGGUUGUACUACCACAGCUAAUGUCCAUAAAUCAAUUGGUAAUUAAUGUACUGCAAUGAAUAUGCUUCUCAUAUAAUCCACUGAAACAAAACAAAAAAACCUUUCAAUCCAUACAAUAGUGCCAUUAGCUGUGGUUGCUUACACCACCCUGACUUGUGCUAAAAACGUCAUUGACCUCCAAACAUACACCCACAUGUACAAACAUUUUAUAUGAGAGGCCUCAGCCACAUCUGUACAGCAGUAUUGAGGGGGGGGGCACGAGGGUUCAGGCCAGUUCUGCACUGUUGGACACACACAGCAUCAAACCAGCAAGCCACUGGGGCGGACUUUUCCCAGCCCUUGUCAAUGUUCUUGUCUGUGUGUGUGUGUCGAAAACCUGUAAAAUAUAUAUUUUUGUGGUGUUUUAUUUUUUUUCCCUUUAUUUGUUAAUAAUACCCAGGCCGCUGUUUCUGUGGUCGUCAUUGUAUAGAUAUCAAAUGUUAUUUUUACAUUUAAGAGCGGAGAGAGGAGGAGGAUGAUGUGUGACUGACGCAAUGGCGUUGAGAAAAUAAAAAGAUUUGAAAAGUACAGUGAA